AUGUAUAAGCAAUUACUGUGCGGUUCACACAGAAGACCACAAGUGGUGGAAGCGUUUCGCGUGGAAAAGGACUUCGUGUAUGUAAUGAUUGAUUUGCGCGGAUAUUUCCGUUUGGACGGCUUUCAGUACACUCCAGGAUCGACACCGGAGUCAACACGAGUCGAGUUUAAUGACAUCACUUCACUCAAAAGCUUGUGGACCAAUAAAGACCCGACACUCGUCAGACGUAUGGUAGAUAUGAAACUGUGGUUUCAUUUGAAUGAUACGACCACUCGGAGUGAUAUACUGGUGGGCGUCACAUACGAAGAGGAGGACAAUAUGGAUUUGGUGAAGGCUUACACCGUAGCCAACCGUAGAGAUAAGUUUGAAGACAUCGAUCUCAAGCCCUUAAACCUCAAUAUCUAUAAAUACGUGCCAAACGCCGAUCCAAACAAUCUGAUGACACUCUUUGCAAAGUUCCCGCAAAUGGAUAUCGAGAACCGCAUUCAUGCCAUCAAUUACUUCCCGAUUGAAGAUUGGCGUCAAUUACCGGAGCGAUAUUUUGUCUACUAUUUGGAGAAACGUCCGGCACAAGUGGUGCCCACAGCACCCGAACCCGACACUGAGUUUCGGCGACACGUAUUUAUUAGGGGAAAAGUAGACGUCGGACACGGAUUGGAGACCGACUGGCAUCUGGACAACAGCAGCGGUCGGUGUUUCUCACAGAACGUGGUCAACGCGUCGUUCACACUGACUCACGCCGACCAAUACAACAUACUUUUAGACAGUAAAGGAGUUCCAGUGUUCGGUGUCUUUACCUUUGAUUUGAUUGAGUUCUCAAACGAC